GAUCCACUUACAUAUGUGACCCAUUCAAGCAUCGGCUUGAGUUUAGGGCAAAGGGACUACUCACCAUACCCUCCAGAACUCACUUACCCUACCCUGUGGGUGCCCUCUCACCCCCAUGGAUUGUGGGUAGUUAUUGGUCAAAGUAUUUCAAGAUGGCGGACGUGAAUGCGGUGAAUCGGCGUCUUUUGGAGAUUUCUAUAUGUGCUCUGCUGCGAGAACAAGGAUUUUCAUCAGCUUCUAAGAUAGCUUUAGAGACCCUUACUGAAAUGCUUCAAAGCUACCUGGGUGAGCUUGGACACAGUUGCAAGCUGAGCUGCGAACUUUCCGCCCGAGUUAAGCCGACUCUAAGUGACGUAAAAGUGGCUCUGAUUGAUAUGGGUGCAGACCUUGAUUCUUUACCACUAUAUGGAAAACGGACCAAUCGAACUCAUGUAAACAACCCUCUGAAGUCUCGCAUAACACCAACACCCAAAGCUUUAGCAGCAGGCACUAAACAGACACGGCCAGCUCAUAUUCCUGCACAUCUUCCACCACUUCCAGAUCCUCAUUCCUACAUCAAGACACCAGCCUUCAGACAGUCGAGCAAAGAAUAUCAAGCAGUACGAGAGAAAUAUGCUGCACAGAGAAAAGAUAUUGAAGAAGGGUUAUCUAAGUUUUUGGCAAAGACAGCAGAACUUAGCUCUGGGAUUUGUGAAGGAUUGGACCCACCAACAUAUCCUUUGCUUGUGAACGAGUUCAGUGGUCUGCCUUAUUUAUCUGCGCUUGGAGACUUCGACGACGCCGAGCUGCUUGAACUUGAUGAAUCCCUUGCUAAAGAAGCACCUUCAAGUAGUGUUUUACCAACAAGCUCACAGAACACGGAAUCCUUCGAUAACCCUUACCUCAGACCAGCCAAGAGAGCGCGAAAAACUAUUAAGCCAAGCUGAAGUGAUGCAGGCUUUGAUCAAUUCUCGCUGGUGUCAACUUCACGUUUUGAAAAGAAUUGUCAGAAACGGAAUUUAAAUUUUUCUUUAUUCUCGUUCUUGUUUGGAAAAUAUCCGUAGAAGCCUCCAAAGAUUUGACCCUUUUCUGGAAAAUGAUUUGAAAUUUGUUACUUUUUAUAGCC